AUGGUGUCCGUCAUCACCUACGGCUGGUUCAUCCUAGGGGUUGUCUGGCUCCUGAACUCCACCUACUGCAAGCCGUGCCCGGGACUUUACAGGCUGUCCUUGGCAGUUAUUUUCACUGCGAUCGCGAGGUUGUUGAUGACGCUGAUUAUCCUGGAAGCUGGCAGCCACGCUCGAAGAAGAAGAAGACACACCUGCAUAGACAUGCGCUUUCGGAGGUCCGCUCGGAUUUCGUGGAUCGGCGCUGGCCCCACCUGGCGGCGCCUCCAGCGCCGCACCUGGCGCGCUCCGCGCGCCAGGUAUGGGUGCCCAGGGCCGAUCUGA